GAGAGAGAGAUAAAAAGUUUUAAGUAACUGCUGGUUAAAUCAAAUGGUUUUAACAUCUUUUAAUGCAAUGUAGUGAACAUAUGUAAUUGAAGAAGCAAAACUGAUGAGUCUCAUCAGCUUCUUCCUACUAAUACAGGCAAAAGGUCUUUUAAGAUUCCUUUGUUUUCCAUCAUCAAUGUCGCCAUCCCUAUAUAAGCCACAACAAUUCCCAGUCUUUUUCCUCAUCUUAUCAUCAAUCUAUUUCUACCCCAAUUACUUGUCUGUAUCUCUAAGAAAUGGGUUCCACGUUCAGGGUCUUCUUUUUUGCAUUGCUGUUGCUAUCGAGCUUGCUUUUCAUGGCUAAGGCAAGGCCGUUGGACCUCCCUAAGACAACAACAAGCGACCUCUUGGCUCGAUUGAAACUGGAUGAGGAAUCACCCGACUGCUGGAGCUCAUUGAUUCAGCUUCAAUCAUGCACUGGAGAGCUUAUUAUGUUCUUCCUGAAUGGUGAGACCGAAAUAGGGAAAAGCUGUUGCCUAGCGAUUCGUACUAUAAGCCACCUGUGCUGGCCGACCAUGAUCGAUGCAUUAGGCUUUACUGCUGAAGAGUCCCACGUUAUUGAAGGUUACUGCGACCAUGAAGAUGAUCGAUCACCGCCAUCCAUCGCCCUUACUGAUGAAAUUGGUUCCUCGAACUUAUUUAAUCCCUAAGCUGAUCAUCUGUUAUCUAAUAAUUAAAUAACAUGAAGAUUAUUAAUUUCUUCA